UCUCUCUCUCUCUGGUGCGCUGUGGUUCUGUGGGAAUGUUUGUGCUGUGAGGUGCCUGGCUCAUGGAAGGAUUGCUUGCAUUCAGAGGGUGAACGAGUUGUGAGGGAACUCAUGUCGCUCAUGCACCUUUGGACUAAAUUAUACGCACAGCUGGGAUUACCACUUCCCAAGGACGGCGUUGAUGCCCUGUCUGGUACUCCUUUGUUCUCCCCUCCAACUGACUCUCUGUCUGAGUAUGAAGACCGACAGAAGUUCCUUAACACAGACCCCACCCCGACCGUUCCUACGCUGUGGGACAUUAACACACCAACAGCAGUAAACCAGCCUGAGUUGGUUACCAACAGGUUUCAAGGUUUAAAGAGUUUGGAUGAUAUCACUGCCAUACUCAGCACUCCGCCUUUGGGAGGAUUUCAGACACCGAGAUCCCGCCCACAGGAGGAAGAUGAUGAGGCAGAGGAAGAGGAGGCAGAGGAGCUUGGGCAGGUCGACACAUACGCCGAUUACAGACCCUCCAAAUCUAAAAUCGGGAUAGCUCACCCUGACCGGGUUGUGGAGACCAGUACCCUGUCCAGUGUUCCUCCUCCCGAGGUCACCUACACCCUGUCCAUUCCACAGCCCAUUACUGACAGUGGCCUCCUCUCCGCCUUACAACUGGAAGCCAUCAUCUACGCCUGCCAGCAACACGAAGUGAUCCUACAGAACAACCAGAGAGCCGGCUUCCUCAUCGGGGACGGGGCAGGCGUGGGAAAAGGCCGGACCGUCGCCGGAAUCAUCCUGGAAAAUAACUUAAAGGGACGGAAGAAGGCACUGUGGUUCAGUGUGUCGAAUGAUCUGAAGUAUGACGCGGAGAGAGACCUCAAAGAUAUCGACGCCUCAGAUAUUCCUGUGCACGCCUUAAACAAGAUCAAAUACGGAGACACGGCUACCUCGGAGGGAGUUCUGUUCGCCACGUACUCGGCGCUGAUCGGAGAGAGCCAGGCCGGCGGCCAGCACCGGACCAGACUAAAACAGAUCCUUGACUGGUGUGGACCCGACUUCGACGGAGUCAUUGUGUUUGACGAAUGUCACAAGGCCAAAAACGCCACAUCCACCAAAGUGGGCAAAGCCGUCCUGGACCUGCAGAACAAACUCCCGUCAGCCAGGGUGGUCUACGCCAGCGCCACCGGAGCGUCAGAGCCAAAGAACAUGAUCUACAUGAGUCGACUCGGCAUCUGGGGAGAGGGAACGCCUUUCAGGACUUUCGAAGACUUCCUACACGCCAUCGAGAAGAGGGGUGUGGGUGCCAUGGAGAUUGUUGCCAUGGAUAUGAAGGUCAGUGGGAUGUACAUCGCGCGGCAGCUCAGUUUCUCCGGUGUGUCUUUUCGCAUUGAAGAGGUUCACCUGGAUGACGACUUCAAACAGGUUUACAACAAAGCUGCCAAACUGUGGGCAGAAGCCCUUGCCGUGUUUAUGCGUGCGGCAGACGAGUUGGGUUUGGACUCGAGGAAGUCCCUGUGGGGUCAGUUCUGGUCCUCACACCAGCGCUUCUUCAAAUACCUCUGCAUCGCGGCCAAAGUCCGCCGGCUGGUGGAGCUGGCCAAGAGGGAGCUGGAGGCAGGCAAGUGCGUUGUGAUUGGUCUACAGUCGACGGGCGAGGCUCGCACUCGGGAGGUGCUUGACGAAAAUGAUGGCCACCUCGACAGUUUCGUUUCCACGGCAAAGGGUGUGUUUCAGUCUCUGGUCCAAAAACACUUUCCCUCAGAGAAGCAGAGGAGAGAGAAGAGUGUAGGACAUAAGAGGAAACGUAAGCCACGGGGCAGACAGUCUAAGUGUGUGAGGCAGAGUGUAGAGAAUGGAGUCAUUACCAUCAGUGAGGAGAGCAGCACUGACUCUGACGUGGACAGUGACUCCAACUCUUCCCCUGACUCUCUGGACAACAACGACGAGGUCAUCUUCAUUAACCACACCAGCUGUCACGCAGCACGGAUAGAGGAGAUGAAGCAGGAUCUCCUGUUGAAGAUCUGCACUUUGGGAGAGGAGCUGCCCCAGAACACACUGGAUGAACUCAUCGACAAGUUUGGAGGCCCAGAGAAAGUGGCUGAGAUGACAGGUCGUAAGGGCCGCGUGGUCAGACGAGCUGAUGGAGGCGUGAGGUACGAGUCUCGUGCGGAGCAGGGCUACACCAUCGACCAGAUCAACAUCAAAGAGAAAGAUCGUUUUAUGAGCGGGGAGAAGUUAGUGGCGAUUAUCUCCGAGGCGGCCAGUUCAGGGAUCUCUCUGCAGGCAGAUAAACGCAUCCUGAACCAGCGCAGACGGGUCCACAUCACACUGGAGCUGCCCUGGAGCGCGGACAGAGCCAUACAGCAGUUCGGCCGCACACACCGGUCCAACCAGGUGACCGCUCCGGAAUACAUCUUCCUCAUCUCCGAACUGGCCGGGGAAAGACGCUUUGCUUCCAUUGUGGCAAAACGACUGGAGAGUCUGGGGGCUCUGACUCAUGGGGACAGGAGAGCCACAGAGUCCAGAGAUCUGAGCAAAUACAACUUUGAAAAUAAAUAUGGGACUAAAGCCUUGGACAAAAUCACCAAAGCCAUCCACGGACAGAUGGAGAGCAAGGUUCCUGCUCCUAAAGACUACCCAGGGGGAGACGCCAUGUUCUUCAGAGACAUGAAGCAGGGCAUGAUUGAUGUGGGAAUCAUCAGUAAGGAGCCUCGUCUCGGAAUCAACACUGAAAAAGACUGCAGUAUCACUAAGUUUCUGAACAGGAUUCUGGGCCUGGAGGUGCAUAAGCAGAACUCGCUGUUCCAGUAUUUCACUGACAACUUCGACUACCUAAUAGAGAAGGACAAAAAGGAGGGCAAAUACGACAUGGGCAUUCUGGAUUUGGCCCCAGGUAACGAUGAGAUCUACGAGGAGACUCAGGAGAAGUUUCUGACUGUGGGGAACCCUCAGGAUGGACAGGUCGUCCUCUAUAAGAUCUCUGUGGACAGAGGUAUGCCAUGGGAGGAGGCAUGUAAGAAAUCGGAGUCGCUGACCCAGUCAGAUGAAGGUUUUUAUCUCUCUAAUAAGUUAAGGGGGAGUCGCCCGUGUGUGUUACUGGCUGAACAGGGACGCGGGCACAGUUACAACCUUUAUAAACCCAACAUCGGCAAACAGGCGCAGCCGGAGAGUUUGGACAGUCUGAAACUUAAAUACCGCAAGGUGACCCCAGAGGAAGCCAGAGACUGCUGGGAAAACCAGUUUACCUUCUCUCUCAGGAAGUGUAGUCAUGCCAACUGGAACGGGCGGUGUAAGAAGGUGGAGGAGGGACAGGACUGCACCCAGGGCAUGCGACUGCGUCAGUACCACAUGCUCUGUGGGGCUUUGCUGCACGUUUGGAAACGCGUGGCUGAAGUCGUGUACGACAGCACAGGCUCCAGCAUCCUGCAGAUCGUCCGCCUCAAAACCAAAGACCACAACAAACAAGUGGGCAUAAAGAUCCCAGAGAGCUGUGUAGCCCGUGUGCGAGAGGAGCUGAUCCAGAUAGAUAAGGAGGUGAAGAGGAGGCGCAAAGAGAAGGAGCAGCAGGAGAGGGAGCAGCGUUUGGCUGAAGACCGGAAGAAUUACCAUCAGAACCUCUUCGCGGACCCCCUCCCCGCUUCCUUUCCCAGUCUCACCAGUCUGUCCACCCCAUUCCCCCAGUUCCCCCAGUUCCCCGUGACUUUCCCGGCCCUGCCGCGGAACCCACUGGAGGAGAUACUGGACCUGUCCACGGCCCGUAAGUCCCCGCCCCCCGGCUGCAUGCCGGGUCCGCUCGGCCAGGACUGCGCCCCCGGGUCGCCGGAGGAUUUGAGUGGCAUAAACCUGGACUCUCUGCUCGGACACAGCGGACACGAGAACCAGUCAGAACUGGAAUCCACUCAGCCUGCCGACAUGCUGGAAUUCCUCGGCAUAUACCUGCCUCCCUCCUCAUAUACGGUGCCCAUGCAGACCAGCCCUGCUUCAUCUUCAUCAUCUUCAUCAUCAGCAGCAUCAUCAUCAUCAUCGUCGUCGUCGUCGUCGGUGGCAGCGUUACCCACUCCGUCCUACUCCACCGCCAGCCCAAUCCCUAACAGCUUGUUCUCUUCCUCCUCCUCCUCUUCCUCCUCCUCCUCCUCCUCACUGUUCUCCCCGUCGUCGCUUCGUUCGGGAGACCAGCUCGCUCUCCCGCUGUCCGACGGAAACCACGCCACGGACGCACACAUCAACGCGCGCAAGGUUCUGCACAGUAUGUUCCAGAACGGUUCCGCCGAGGCGCGACAGUCGGUCAUACAGUUCCACCAAGAGUGAGAGAGAGACAGACACUACCCUGCCACGCCCCCAGGGCUGUGGCUCCUCCCCCCUGCAGCGCUUACAUCACAUACCUCAGGGCUUCUAGUCACAUCACUGCCUUCCAUGCAUUGCACUGCACUCCACCUGUUCUCUGUGUGUG